UUGAGAACAAUGUCACUUUUAUUUAUAAAAAUGAUCACUUUUUUCUGAGACAACGAGCGAGGGAGAGCACGUACAAGUUUUUUGUCUUAAAUAUACACGAAUCACGACUUAAACUCGAAGUAGUUAAUAUCAUACGAUUAUCUCGACAUGAGGAUGAGGGAAGCGUCUCUCCAGACCACCACACCACACCACCCAUUUUAUAUGUGAAAAGGGAAGAUGAGGAGAGCCCAUUAUGCCUAUUAAGUUGCAAUAAAGAAGAGAAAGCAUGGCUAAAUCAUACAUUACUUUGGCUUCACUCCUACUCAAACUCCCAUCAUAUAAACUCCACCACACUUGGUUUUUGCUUAAGUUUGUAAUAAUAAUUCUUCAUUCAUUCCAUCAACCUCCACCUUCCCUUAUCUGGCUUUCCUCCAAUGGGGAUGCCAAAGCCCCCAAGAGGAAAGCUGCCUCUCUCGAUUAUCGCCAUCGUAUUCUGCGCGUUGGCCUUCCUCGCGCUGCUGUACACUGAGAGCAUCAGUUUCUUCUCAUCCACCUCCAUUUUUAGAUUAAAGCCCUGCGCCAGAAAGCAUGCUGCCAAGGAAGCUGCCACAGAGAAAAGAAAAGUUGAUGCAGCAUUGAGACGUGUAACAGAUGACCGGUUUGAGUUUGAUCCGAAAGAGUGCUCUCUCAAUCAAGGAAAAUGGGUGUUCAACCGUACGAAUAAGCCUUUGUAUACGGACACGUCAUGCCCUUAUCUGGAUAGGCAGGUUUCGUGCGUCAAGAAUGGGAAGCGCGAUCUUGACUACCAGAAAUGGGAAUGGGAGCCUGAUGACUGCAUAUUGCCUAGGUUUGAUCCAGAAACCGCGCUGCGCAAGCUGCAAGGGAAGAGGAUCAUGUUCGUUGGGGAUUCACUGCAGAGAGGGCAGUGGCAGUCCCUCGUCUGCCUUGUCGAAUCUGUGAUACCACAAGGGGAGAAAUCAAUGAAAAGAGGGCGUAUGCAUAGUGUGUUCGAAGCCAAGCAAUACAACACAACAAUUGAGUUCUACUGGGCUCCAUUUCUAGUCGAAUCAAACUCAGAUCUUCACAUUGUAGCAGACCCAAAGGAGAGGAUUCUGAAAGUUGAUUCAGUAGCAAAGCAUGCCAAACACUGGACAAAUGUAGAUAUCCUCGUAUUCAACACAUAUGUUUGGUGGAUGAGUGGUCUGAAGAUUAAGUCACUGUGGGGUUCAUUUGCAAAUGGUGACCAAGGAUUUCAAGAACUGGAUGCCUCUGUUUCCUACACAAUAGGACUCAAAACAUGGGCAAAUUGGGUGGAUUCAAAUAUAAAUCCCAAUAAAACAAAGGUGUUUUUCACCACAAUGUCUCCUACUCAUCAGAGGAGUGCAGACUGGGGCAACGAGAAAGGCAUCAAAUGCUUCAACGAGACGAAGCCGGUCAGAAACAAAUGGCAUUGGGGAACCGGUUCCGACCGGCGGGUCAUGAGCGCCGUCGUCGACGUCGUCGGAAAGAUGAAGACUCCGGUGACGAUGUUGAACAUCACUCAGCUGUCAGAGUACAGAAUCGACGCUCACUCUUCAAUCUACACAGAAUCGGGGGGAAGAUUGUUGACGGAUGAAGAGAAGAAGGAUCCAUUGCGUCAUGCAGAUUGCAUACAUUGGUGUAUACCGGGAGUGCCCGACACUUGGAAUCGGAUUCUCUACGCACAUUUGCUCUACGUGUAGAGACAGACAAGAUUCCUCUGUUUCAAAAUGGAACACAAUCUGUAAAAUUUCCUGAGUGUGUCAUUCUUCUUAGAUGUGACGUAAAUUUAUAAUGUAAGUUUGUUUGAUUUUUUUUUUAAAUGUAUAGUUACAUAGAUGGUGUAAUAAUUGCGUUUCUGAUUAUUGAUUCACUUCUCAAAAUGUAAUGGCAAAAUGCAAUGCAUUGUGUUAUUGGUUUA